GACAGAUUAGAAGAACAGCAGAAAAGUUGUAGAUUUUUUGUGUACUUAUCAGAGUUUAUUUUGUGAAGACGAUCAAAAUAUUUCAUACUUGGUGAACUCUCAGGAUUUUGUUGCAUUUAUAUCUGUUAUCACUUAGAAAGUGCUUUGUAUUGUAGGGCAUUAAUUUCUAUGAACUCAAAAAGUGAAUCUGACGAAGCUUCAAGGGGGAACGAAGCAUCAUCGUCAAACACUGAUCAAACCCCAAAUAAUUGUGAAGGUCAGCCUACAUCAAGCUUAUGCUCAUCACCAGGUUCAAACAAUACUCAAGACAUAAUGAAGCGUGCAGCUGCUAAACAAUUGAUUGAGAGAUAUUUUUACCAAUUAUUAGAUGGUUGUGGUAACCCAAACUGUGACAAUCAGUUUUGUGCAUCAAGUGGAGAGGCUAGAAAUUUAACUCCAAAUGAAGCAGCAGCAGAAGCCAUAAAAUUGUUUUAUAGGGAAGCACGUCUCUGUGACAGUCUUCCUAACAAAGUGCCCCGUACUGAGGCCAGCACAUGUGACUCGAGUGCUAGUACCACAUGUUCAACGACACAGCCAAAAGACAAGACAGAUAGUAAGAGCAAGGAGGUAAACUCUGCUACCACAAGCUCAGCAUGUAAACAAGAUAACUCAAAGGUCACACCUGAAACUAGUCAUAAUGUAUCACAACAGGAGGAUUGUAGAACUGUUGUUAGUCACAAUAAUGGAGCGCCACUCACAGAGGAACGUAUCUACCAGCUCUGUGAUGAGUGCCUACAAACAAAAAUGCCACAGCCUUUGGUGAGGGCUUUGGGGGAAGCAUUUACACAACCAGCCAUACUCGCUCGAUGUUUCCAAAGUAAAAUUGUGCAGGAGAGCAGUAACGAUGGUGGUAAAAAUUCAGAUAAAGAAUCAAAAGCAAUGUGUUCAUCAAGUGAUCCGGACAAGGAUGUGGAUAGUGUCACAGGCCCUGGCUUAGAUGUAGCAUCGUGCCGAAGAGCUUUUCAGUACCUAUCAAAAGUGCCAUCAGAAUACUACAGUUCAGCGUUAGUGACAGCAUUGACAACACUAGCUGAAAAUCUUGAGAUUGACUUGAGGAUAACCAAAAAGAUGAGCCUCGAAGAUGCAGUCAAUUGCUUUGUGAUAGCAUUCGAGGUGCCUGAUCUAGGUUGCAGUGACUAUUUGGAAAUUGCACUUCCUGCGCUCUGUCAUGCAGCUGAACAUUUACCUAUUAAAGCGCAAGCUCGUUUAGCUCGCAUAUGGGCGGCGAGUUGCCGCGAAACUCUCCGCCACAUCCUGGAGACGCUGCAACAGCUGAUUACUCUACGAGUCAUCUCCACAAAUUACACCAGUCAUUUCCAGGUGCAGGACGACGAGAGCGUAACCAUGGCUACAAAACUCAUGAAGAUAUUAUAUUAUGCAAAUAUGUUAGCAGGAAUAAUGGAAUCCAAUACUCUAAGAGAGGAACCAGUAGUUAUACCUAAUCAAAUAGAUCCGUUGGGUGAUGUUUUUGAUCGUUUCUAUCAGUUUUCCUCAAUGAAAAAUACAAAGAAUUCACAGCCUGAUGAUCCUUUAGCUAUUGAAUUAGAUAUAAAUGUAUUAGAUGCUAGAAAACCACACUUGCCAUUUGAAGACUUUUACAACGAACCACUUAGUGAUACUAUUGAAAUGGAAAUAGAUUUUGCCAAUUAUAAAACGGAAAUAAACAGCGGCAAGAAGUUCACGUUCCUAAAGUACCCUUUCAUAUUAACGACUGCGAGUAAAUCACUCGGCCUGUACUAUGAGAACCGCAUCCGCAUGCACAGCGAGCGACGCGUGUCGAUGUUGCAUGCCGUGGUAGGGGCCGCGCCACCUAUGCCCUUCCUGAGGCUCAAAGUGAGGAGGUCGCAUAUCAUAGACGAUGCUCUUGUUGAGUUGGAGAUGGUUGCGAUGGAACGGGUGCUAGAUCUGAAGAAGCAACUGGUGGUGGAAUUCGAAGGCGAACAGGGCGUGGACGAGGGCGGCGUCAGCAAGGAGUUCUUUCAGCUCAUAGUCGAGGAGAUAUUCAAUCCUGAUUACGGCAUGUUCACGCAACAAACAGACUCACACACCGUAUGGUUCAAUCCUACGUCGUUUGAAACUGAGGCACAAUUCACGUUGAUCGGUAUUGUGUUAGGAUUAGCGAUAUACAACAAUAUUAUUUUAGCGGUAGACUUCCCCAUGGUCGUAUAUAGAAAACUAAUGGGAAAGAAGGGCUCCUUCGAAGACCUGGCAGACUGGAAUCCGAUUUUAUAUAGAGGCCUAAAAGACAUGAUAGACUAUGCCGGCGAUGAUUUACAAGAAUUAUAUUAUCAAACGUUUAGAAUAUGCUAUAGUGAUGUAUUUGGUAAUAAUAUAUUCCACGACCUGAAGAAGGACGGCGAUAGUAUAUUUGUAACGCAAGAUAACAAAAUGGAAUUCGUAGAGCUAUAUGCAGAUUUUUUACUGAACAAAUCUGUGGAAACGCAAUUCAAGGCGUUCCGGCGCGGAUUCGUGAUGGUGACAGACGAGAGCCCCCUCUCCGCGUUAUUCCGUCCCGAGGAGGUAGAGACGCUAGUCUGCGGGAGCAAAAACUUCGACUUCAACGAAUUAGAGAAAUCAACGGAAUACGAUGGCGGCUACACUGCCGAAUCGGACACCAUAAAAGACUUCUGGAGCAUCGUGCACAGUCUGUCGCUGGAGGACAAGAGGAAGCUUCUUGAAUUCACAACCGGUUCAGACAGGGUGCCGGUGGGCGGGCUCAGUUACCUAAAACUGGUUGUGGCGCGGAAUGGGCCGGACUGCGACAGAUUACCUACCGCUCACACAUGCUUCAACGUACUCCUACUACCUGAAUAUAGCACCAAGGAAAAAUUACAAGAUCGCCUCAUGAAAGCCAUCAGUUAUUCCAAAGGCUUCGGAAUGCUUUAACGCCGGGCGAACAUAGCUGUUGUAAAAAGCCAUACUCGUGGUAUAUUUGUAAUAUUACAGAAUAAUAAAAGUUUGUUUUUAUUUAUAC